CAGAAACAAACAAACCAACCAACCCUGUUUCCACCGUUACAAAAACUGUGUUCAUCGGCUAUCUUCAUCCCAAAAAUAAUACUCCGUAAUAAGAAGAACAAAAAGGAAAUGGAGCAAAAACCCUUGCUCAGUACUACUACUAGUGAAGUAAAAAGUGAAAUUGUGGAUGAUGACGAUGAUAAAUGGCAUAGCUAUCCAUCUGUAGGAAGGAAAGGAACAGCAGCAGCAGGAGGAUCAGUUAUGGGUUUUCCAACUGCUGCUUCUGAUGUCAACGUUGAUGAAAUCCGUUCUGCUGCUACCGCCGGUGGUGGUGGUGGUGGUUUUGAUCAUCAUCGUUAUCCUCCUUCUCUUCAUGCCCCCUUGAUCAGUUCACCUGAACCGCCUCCGUACAUUACCGAGCAAGCUUUUCCAUAUGAAGCUGGAUAUGGAGGACAAUCUGGUAAAACUGAACAUCCUCAUAGGCAAAUAUUGGAUGAAGUGGAGAUUCGGGAAUUACUGAUUGAUCAUGUUGGUCAUCGUUGCUGUUGGGGAAGUCGUCCUGCUCGUACAUGGAAGAUCCAUUCUGUUGAAGACUGCAAUGUCUAUGUUGGGACUCUUGAAACUUUUGUGGAGGAAAGGGAAGUUAUAACUGAAACUGAACCAUAUCAUGGUAACAAUAUUGAUGGAAAAGAUAAAGGUCCUGAACUUGGUGUUUGGGAACUAGAUUUAAGAUCAGAAUUCCCCGUUCUAUUUACACAUCACAAAGAGUCACGUACCAAUAUUCCCCAUUCUGAAACUGUUGAGAAAUGCUCAGAAUGUGCUGGAAGAGGAGAUAUUGUUUGUGCUACAUGCAAUGCAGAUCAGGAACCUGGACUUUAUAAAGAAAAUCAGAUGAGUCCGUGUGCUUCCUGUUACGGGAGGGGUCUAAUUGCUCAUAGAGAUGGAUCUGAUACAAUAUGUGUGAAAUGUAACGGAAAAGGGAAGAUACCUUGUGCAACUUGUGGAUCUCGUGGGCUAAUAAAAUGCUUAAAAUGUGCAGGCAGUGGUUCUCUUUUGACACGUAAAAUAGCAGUUGUUAAAUGGGACACACAUUAUACUCGAAAACUGAAUGCUACAAGUGGAGCGGCUUCAGUUCCAGAUGAUGUGUUCCACCAAGCCAAAGGGGUCCAGUUGUGCAACACGCAGGCCUACCAUUGCACCCCUGCUUACUUUGCCGAUUCAUUCUUCUUGAACCAGUUUUCUUCGGAGGUGAUUUCAGAACGACCGUCCAUCCCUCCAACUGCUAGGGUCAUAUGUGAGAGGCAUACGAUCUCUGUCAUCCCGGUUACACGUGUCACAAUGGUUAACCGUGGUCAGACCUUCAGCUUCUACAUCAUCGGUUUUACCCGGGAUGUGUAUUUAAAGGACUACUAUCCUGCUAGGUUUUGCUGGGGGUGUUGCCCUUGUUUAGAGUGGCUCAAGUUAUAACUUAUAAAUUAAGCUUUUGUGUUUCACAUAUUCUAUGGCUGGGGUGAGGUUGUCUCUUGUUAUAUGGUAGUGUGUAUACUACUUUUACGUUCGAAGUGUUGAUUUUGUUUUGUAUUUUAUGAUUGUUUAUGAGUGUCAAUGCGUAGUACUUUUGAGGAAAUGUUUGAUUUUGCAUAUAUUGUAAUUGCUAUGGUAUGGUAUGGUAUUGUGAAACCUUCGAUAAGUGAUAUGUGACUGUUGCUUAUUGGGGUGACUUAUCAACCUAAAGGUUGUGGAUUCAUGUUCAUGAGAGA